UACUAUGACUGGUGAAGUUACAAUGAUCAUCACUGUACAUUGCUCUGUCUCUGACCAAUUUUUUACUGUAGACAUUCUUCCCAAUAGAGAAAGAAAGAUGUCUAAUCGAGGACCAUCCUUGACUUUUCUUCUGUUGUUUAUUUUCUUCUUCAGGGAUAGCUUCUGCAUUUGUGAUGGAACAACCUGGACAAAAGCUGGGUGGGAAAUUUUUCCAGAAGAAGUUCACUACCAGAAAGUGAAGCCUGCUGCCUCUCAGUGUCUGCCUUAUCCUCUGGACAGACUAUUCUGCAGCUUUGCUAACAAGGAUAUUCUUCACAGUUGUCUACACCUUACUUUAAUUUUAGCACAAGCUCUCUUCAUAAUCUUGUCUGUUCUAUCUGUGCACUACCUGUGGAUGAAAUGGAAGAAACACCAAAAAAAGCUGAAAAAGCAAGCUUCUUUAGGUAAACUUGAAAAUGGUGUGAAAGGCCCAUCCUUCUAUGACGUUGACCAGAUACUCUGCACACUGCUGACCACUUCCUCGAUGAUAAACAAGUACCUGGACCAGAUGUCCCAGCAGUCUAAGGAAGUUAAGCAACAAAAACUGAAGAUGUGUAAAGAACCGGCAAGAGGCAAAAGAUUCUAAACAUGCGCAUACAUAAAUAUAAAAUUGAAGUCCGACAAUGUUAAGAAACUUGCCCAAGAAACCCAGCCGAUAAAAUGAUGGACACAAGACACCAACACAGGCAGUCUGAAGCCUGAGCCCUCAAAGUCAGCUAAGAAAGAUGGUAUAUGCUCCCUAGCGGUCACCUAUUUUGGAAGAAUUGAAUCUAUGAUUUUAAGGAAUUUUCAUCAAACUCUCAAACUAGCAUUGCUGUUAAUAUUAAUACAACCAUGAAAAUUAACUACAACUGUGUAUGCUUUGGUUUGGAAAGUAAUCAUUUUAAUUAAAGCUGAAAUAAAGACCUACUAA